AUCUUUGGCUGUGGAUUUCAGGGAGAAUGGCCACUUUUCCGUUUCCCAGCUGUCAAAUUUGAGGCGUAUUUUUGAUUAAAAAACAACGAAACACUUUUUUUGGUUUAAAACGACCUAAAUUUUUGUAAUAAUGACCAGUCAUUAUCCGUGAACCGGAUAAAGAGUUUCCUUGCCGCCUUCCUCCGUUGCUAAGAAACCAUUUGGGUAAGUUGAAACGGACGUUAGCUGUCGUUGUUGCUCGCUUUGGCAGCCGGAGUUCAAAUUCUAAGACUUUACUCGUGAUUUUAAUUUUAUUAGAUUAAACAUAGGGGUGUUGGAGCUAUUUUGGGCUGAUAGUGUGCCUGCCAAAAUAACAUGUACGUGUAAAAGGGACAACAGGUACUCUAACGGUUAUUAAAGGCGUCGAGCGACCUUCAAAGUAAAAGUAACGGUUUUCAAAGGUUGGCUUUUUAUUGACUCGGUGUUGUCAUAAAAGUCUCGUUUCGUGUAUCCAAUAACGUAGCUUUCACCUCCUCUUUGUCGCGGUGUUUUACUCCUCUUUCUAAAGCGCCUGAAUAUGUCGUUUUACACAUACAUAUACAUAUAAACGCUAGAUGGCUUACGCACACUGUUAGCCAAUGGAGACCGGCGGCCAUUUUGCUACGGGACUCUCGCCCACUCAUAACAUUACAGUCUACGGUGAAUGUAGCAUUUAAAUAACCGUAGAUUGCUCAAUUUUAAACCAAUUUUCUAACGGUUUAGUUAUAUUCCUGCAAACUCAAGAAUAAUUUUAAUUAGCGGUGAAACAACUCAUGAUUCUACUUUUUUUUCUCUCAAAGAAAAGCAGCCGUUUCAAUAUAUCCAAGCAUCCUGACUCAUAGCCACGUUAUUAAGGUCUGUAAUAAAACCGUUUGUAAAUCUGUCAAUAUUUCAGAGAGUUAAGAGUAUUUUUAAUAAUGCAGAUUACUCAAUUUCCGUCAGCUUCCAAAGAGCGUACCAGAACGGAAUAUGGAGUAAGAUGGCCGCCGUAUGACUCAGCCUCGUCAUCUAGCCUUCCUUGUAGAUAUCUAUGGUUUCACAGUCAAAUUAGCAACCGACCUACUUUGCUUGAUUUUAUUUUGAAAAAUCCAACCGGAAGCAGUUUAUUCUCUAUUGCUAGUCUUGCUGGCUUCUCAGAGCAUCACAACAUUGUCCUACAGCUUUGUUCGAGGGACAGAAAGCGUCGCAUUUGUCUUCAAUGAAGGUAAAUAAACGGCUUUUCUUCGUUUUAAUGAACAUAGAGUCACAGUUUUGUAGUUUAAUUAGAUAAUUUUUACUCUCAGGAUGUAAAUUUUGUCACAUUCUCAGCGAGGCUCGUAAAUGUGUCAUCUGCAGGAGCACGCGUAGGUGAUUCUCCAUGAAACAGCACUUUCGGGACUUUCUCAUGAUAUUUUCAUGUAUCUUGUGGUACAUCGUGUACACUUACGCGCAUGUGGUUGAGAAUCAUGGGUUAUUGUGCCGGGGCCUGUUGUGUUUACAAACAGGUAUCAUGUCGGACACGAUCAUUUGCAUUGGAUUAGCAUUAUUGAAUCAGUCUUGUCUUAGAGCUUCGUCCUUAUUACACCGUCCUCUCUCUCUCUGUCUCUUCAUGAUCAGUCACCUUGAUUGAUACUCCGCCAAGACAAACCCUUCCGCCCCUCCCGGCUACAGGCCUCAUCCAUCCAUCCAAUCAUCCAUCCACCCAUCCAUCCACCGGCGUAUUCUUUUAUUUCACUGUCUUUAAAUCGCCAAAAUAAAAAUGCGAUUAUUAAAUUCGUGAUGAUACUUUUUGACAUAUCACGGCUCCUGUAUUCUGCACGGUUAUAGAAAGGAGUUUGGAUCUUGGUGCAUUGCAGUCGGUGUGUGAGGCGGACAGGAGGGGGGUUAGGGUGGAUGAAGGGAGAGAGCUAGACAGACAGAGGGGGAGCUGGUUGGGGUGAGGUGGGGGUGCUGGAGAGGAGGACAGGUGCGCCUCCUCCUCCUCCUCCAUCAAAGCAGGAGAGGAGGGAAAGUCACGAUGCUGCACAAAUGGCUGCUCUGUCCUCCUGCUCCUGCUGCUGCAUCGGUUUCAUUUACAGCCGUCGAUAUGGAGAGUCACAGUGCGCAUGCUCAGAGAGGAAAGCGCUGUUUACAGAGCCAGAUGUCUCUCCUUGGUAGAUCUAUGUAUAUCUAUGUACUGAGGACACAGCUUCAAGCUACAAUAAAGAUGAAUCCUGCUUGGUCUUCUGUAUUUUAGCCACAUCUAUGAAAAGUAGUCAUGUCUCAUUUGACAUGACUCAUAAUUUCUACUGUUUAUUCACUUUGUUCCUUACACAUAAUACUUAAAAUGAUCAAGUCAACUGGCAUUAGAUUUCAAGGCCUGUAAUAUGAGAGGUCAGCUGCUGACCAAUAGCUACAGUGGAUAUAAAAAGUCUAAACACCCCUGUUCAACUGCCAGGUUUACAUGAUGUAAGAAAAUGACAAGAUAAAUGUUUUCACAACUUCUUCCACCUUUAAUGUGACCUAUAACCUGUACAAUGUGAUUGAAAAACAAACAGGAAUCUUUAAGGGGAAAUAUAUAAAAUAGAAAAGUUAAAAUAACCUGGUUGCAUAAAUAUGAACACCCUUAAACUAAUACUUUGUUGCAGCACCUUUUGCUUUUAUUACAGCACUCGGUCUUAUUGGGUAGGAGUCUAUCAGCGUGGCACAUCUUGAUGUGGCAAUAUUUGCCGACUCUUCUUCGCAAAACCGCUCCAAAUCUGACAGAUUGCGAGGGCCUCUCCUCUGCACAGCCCUCUUCAGAUCACCCCACAAAUGUUCGAUGGGAUUCAGGUCUGGACUCUGGCUGGGUCAUUCCAAAGUCUCAAUCUUAUUCCGGUGAAGCCGUUCUUUUGUUGAUUUAGAUGUGCGCUUUGGGUCAUCGUCAUGCUGAAAGAUUAAGUCCCUCUUCAUCCUCAGCUUUCUAGCAGAAGGUCGAAGGUUUGGUGCCAACACUGACUGGUAUUUGGAACUGUUCAUAAGUUCCAGUUCCAGCUGAAGAAAAACAGCCCCAAAGCAUGAUGCUGCCACCACCAUGCUUCACUGUAGGUAUGGUGUUCUUUCGGUGAUGAGCAGUGUUGAUUUUGCACCAGAAAUACCUUUUGCAAUGAUGCCCAAGAAGUUCAACUUUUGGUUAAGCUUUGUAAGACAAGGCUUCCGUCUUGCCACCCUACCCCGUAGCCCAGACACGAAGAAGACAGCGGGAGAUUGUUGUCACAUGUUCUACACAGCCAGUACUUGCCUGAAAUUCCUACAGCUCCUUCAGUGUUGCUGUCGACCUCUUGGUAGCCUCCCUGACCAGUUUUCUUAUUGUCUUAUCAUCAAUUUUGGAUGGACACCCUGUUCUUGGUAAUGUCACCGUUGUGCCAUAUUUUCUCCACUUGAUGAUGAUGGUCUUUACUGUGUUCCAUGGUAUAUUUAAUUCCUUGGAAAUCAUUUUGUAGCCCUCACCUGACUGAUAUCUUUGAAUAAUGAGAUCCCUCUGAUGCUUUGGAAGCUCUCUGCGGACCAUGGCUUGUGCUGGAAGAUGUGUCUACAAAGAUGUCAGGAAAAGCCGACUAGAACAGCUGAACUUUAUUUACGGUUGAUCAGAGGCACUUUAACUGGUGACAGGUGUGUGCUGACUCCAAUUGAACCUGAGUUUGAAUGCUAUUGGUUAAAUCUGAACACAGCCACAUCCCCACUUAUUAAAGAGUGUGCGCACUUAUUCAACCUCAUGAUCUCCAGUAUUUCUCUUCCGUCACUUAACAGGAAGUAUAAAAUUGACAUAAUAGCAAAAGCACAAUACACUGACUGAUCAGAUCUUCCUGUGACGCUUGAUUCUGUCACCAUCACCUGACUCUGAAUCAGCGUCUCCUUGGAAACAGCAGGUCCAGUCUCAGUUUAAUUGGCUGAUCUGAUCACUGGAGGCUGCUGCUGCUGCGUCACUUUCAGGCUUAGAGGAAUCCUUUGUAAUCUGAAUGGGUUUAAACACACACCACUUUCCCACACUCGUGCGCCUUAUCUCCGUCAGACUAGCCUCACGACUUCAGGUUAGAUUAUCUUGAUUUUACAUAAUACACAGAAAAAGACGAUCUAAAGGGUUGACUUCUGCAGUAGUUUACUGCCUUUUUCUGAUGUAGACGCUCCAGCUGUACUGUUUUAAUCUUACUGAACAUCAUGUUUCCGUCUGCUUGAGGACUGAAAUGAAUUUUUAAUGUGAGGACAUGUUGUACAUGUAUCUGAAGAGGGUGAACAUCAUGGUAAUGUAGGGGUACUUAUUUAGCUAUUUUGAGUGCAGUCUUCUUUCAUGCUUAUAAUCACAGUAUAAAUGUGAUAUAUUGUGAUUAUUAAACAUGACUCAUGAGCGUGUACUCACCAAGGCCUCUCUCAUCGUCCCUUGGGUUUUCAGACACUCACUCCUGCUCCUCUCCCUGCUCUCCUCUCUUCAUGAUAUUUUUAGAGACCAACAUCAUAUCAUAAUAAUAUUUUCUAAACUCAUUGAAAUAAUAGAUUUAUCUAUGAUUGUUCUUUUUAGUUUAUUCUAUUUUAUUUUUUCUGUCUUUUAUUGAGCGAUAGGACGGUGUAGAGAUCAGGAAACUAGAGAGAGAGAGAGAGAGAGAGAGAGAGAGAGAGUAGGGACUGACAUGAAAGUCAAAGCCAGUCUGCUCCCUUUGAGGACUCUUGCCUCUGAUCCCUGAGUUCUCAUUUUUGGCUGCUGAGCUGAAAGCCAGCGCCCCACUUUGACCCACUUCUUCAUCAAGUAUCUCUUCACUGUCUCAGUCCUCAAUCCAUGUAUCAUCCAUCCAUUUACAGUUAUUCCAUUCAAUCUAGUAAACGAAAAAGGAAAAACGAGUCAAUAUUUUGUUUAUUUGUUUUUCUGUAUAACCAAAAAGUAAAAAAUUUGUGUUUGUUUUUGUAUUUUCAGCUCAAAACAGAACAUAUAAUAGAGAAGGAAACGAAAACUUUUGAGUGCGCCUGUUUUGAGCGUACGUGCAUGGAGGCUUCAUUGGCCCUUGAUCCUCAGCGACAGUUACCAUGGCGAAAGAUGCGACAGAGCGGCUCGAGCGCCAAAAUCUUGCGUUGAGCUCUGGUUGUAAUUUUUUCUACUGUCAUAUCGUCCUCCUUCAGCGUCCAUCUCCAUGACAACAGGUUAGCCUUUCUCUACCGCUCUGGCCUGGAGAUUUUGGUCCACGUUGUUGGCUACUUUGUUGCGAAAUGCAUAUGUGCGAACAGUAGAAAGGCACCGUGGGAAAUAUGGUCAUCAAUAACCUGAAAACAAAAAGUGGAUUUAUUAUUUUGUUUUGGUUUCCAUCUCUAUUAUAUAUUCUGUUUUGAGCUGAAAAUAGGAAAACAAACACAAAUCUUUUAUUUUUUGUUUAUAUAGAAAAACAAAUAAAAUAUUGACUCGUUUUUACAUUUACUAGAUUGAAUGGACGAAUAAUGCACGGACCAUCCUCUUCUAUCUCUCUCUCUCUCUCUCUCUCUCUCUCUCUCUCUCUUUCUGUCUCUCUCGCUCUCUCUGACCAGCUGAUGAAGGAUGGGUUAGUUCUUCACUGUGGAAAGGUCAAAUGUGACGCACGCUCAGCAGAAACUCCUCUGAUAAAAAUAGGACUCCUUUCUUCUCAUCCUCGUGUUUCUUCUUCUUUUCUCUCCGCUCAGUGUGUAUGAAACCAGGAAAUGUCCACUAUGGUGUAUCCACGCGAAGAAGCCCUCGAGCGACUGAGCCAGGAUGAGAUCGUCCUCAACACCAAGGCCGUCAUGCAGGGCCUGGAGACGCUGCGCGGGGAACACGCCCAGCUCCUCAACUCGCUGCUGGACUGCACGCAGCCUCCAGCGGCGCAGGAGAAGUCUGGGCUGCUACGCAAGAGUCUGGAGGCGAUCGAGCUGGGAUUAGGGGAGGCACAGGUCGGAGAUUGAGUCACGAAUUUAACACAACACAGAGUCCAUCUUCUACACUUUCACGUUAAAAAUAUGGUUUGUGUGUUUCCUGUUCCUCCAGGUGAUCAUCGCCCUGUCCAGCCACCUGAGCGCCGUGGAGUCCGAGAAGCAGAAGCUGCGCGCUCAGGUGCGCCGCCUCUGCCAGGAGAACCAGUGGCUGCGGGACGAGCUGGCGGGGACGCAGCACAAACUGCAGCGCAGCGAGCAGAGCGUGGCCCAGCUGGAGGAGGAGAAGAAGCACCUGGAGUUCAUGAACCAGAUCAAGAAGUUCGACGACGACGUCUCCCCGUCGGAGGAGAAGAGUCAGAGCUCCGGAGGAGGCGGCAGCGGGGGCGGAGGGAGCGGAGGAGACACCUCAAAGGACAGUCUGGAUGAUCUGUUCCCGAACGAUGAUGACCAGGGACCAGGUAUGAGACCUCAAACGGACCUCAGAUCUGCUCAGAUGAGAAAUGAGUUUUGACUUCCUGUCUUGCGUUUUGCAGCUCAGCCCAGCGGUGAGGUGGCCGCCCAGCAGGGAGGCUACGAGAUCCCAGCCCGCCUCAGGACGCUGCACAACCUGGUGAUCCAGUACGCCUCUCAGGGCAGGUACGAGGUGGCUGUGCCGCUCUGCAAACAAGCCCUGGAAGAUCUGGAGAAGACAUCCGGACACGACCACCCCGAUGUGGCCACCAUGCUCAACAUCCUGGCCCUGGUGUACAGGUAGAGGACAGAGAGGAGGAAGUCUCACUUGAAGCUGGAAUCAAAUCGAAGUUUAAAGGAUUUCAGAGUGCUGUGUUUCUGUUUUCGGUCCACAGGGAUCAGAACAAGUACAAAGAAGCGGCUCACCUCCUGAACGACGCUCUGGCCAUCAGAGAGAAGACUCUGGGGAAGGAUCAUCCAGCUGUGGCUGCGACCCUCAACAACCUGGCUGUUCUGUACGGGAAGAGGGGCAAAUACAAGGAGGCUGAACCGUUGUGCAAGAGAGCGCUGGAGAUCCGAGAGAAGGUAACAAACACACACAGAAACAAUAAAGAGCUCCUCUGUCUGAGUAACGUUGAGGUUAACCAUCAAACAAAUGUCCGCAGGUUCUGGGGAGGUACCACCCUGAUGUGGCCAAGCAGCUGAACAACCUGGCCCUGCUGUGUCAGAACCAGGGCAAGUACGACGAGGUGGAGUACUACUACAGACGGGCUCUGGAGAUCUACGAGUCCAAACUCGGAGCGGACGACCCCAACGUGGCCAAAACCAAAAACAACCUGGUGGGUUUCUGCACAUCUUGAGUCUAGAUUUCAGAUUUCACUCUUUGGUCACUGAAUCCCAACUUUUGAAGCUCUGAAGAGUUCUGUCAGGGGUAGCUUGUACAGGACAAAAUUGUCUACAGGGGGCGCCAGUAUCAACAUAAACCAAAAGUUCUUCAGGGUUAGGGUUGAGUUGUCCCCCUCUGGUCAUUACAGAAAAUUCAGGUUUAAGGCUUUAAAAUGUUGGUUCUACAUUUUAAUCUUGAGGUUUUAGUUUCACUUUAUGUAAUAAACAUUAAUUAAUAGUUAAUAAGACACGUAUAAGUGGAUAAUAAAUGUGAAUUAAAGCAUGUGGAAAACAUUUAUUAUUGUGUAUAAGACAGAAUCCACCUUUUAUUUUGGCGGUGUGGAGGGAAAGAGACCCAAAAUGACUAAUUCAGAAAAAGAGAGGUGCUCUACGUGGACUUAGACCCCAGACUACCUGAGAUCUGAGUCCCCGUCUUUCACUCUAAUCCAUCAUCAGAACCCUCUGUUAGGCAUGGAUCCACAUGUGACAAAGCUACUAUAACACUCAGGCCGGAUACUCAUUACGGGCCGGUCCAUUACGGACUGCUGUGGGGUGUCGCAGCUCAAGGAACAACAUUUAUUUAACCUUUUAUUCAUGGAAAUGCAAUCAGACUGAGAUGCGUCUGCAGUGCAAAAUGAUAAAUAUGAUGAUUAUGACUUCAAGGAAAUGAUCAUAAAUGUUCUUCCUUGAGCUGCGUCACCCCGCUGUAGUCUGUAAUGGACUGGCCUUAGGUGUCUGUACACACAAGCAGCUGCUGGAAGAGAGUAGGUGAGUUGUGUUUAGUCUCUUUGCUAAAGAAAUUAGGCAAAGUUAAAAAGAUGUUUGGUGGCUGGGACUCUAUAUGUCCUGUUGAUGAAGUUAGGUGCUGUUCUGAGCAUUAUUUGUGGCUAUAAAGUGGCGUUUUGGUUGAGGUUUGUUUAUGGCUCCUCAGACCGCUGUGUAUUGCUAGCGUGCGGUCGUUACUAAAGUUGGUAUAACUAGAGAAGCAAUUAAUUUUACGUCGGAAUAUCCCUUUAAGGACUUUGGUUUGUGGUUUGGAAACAUGAAUUUAAAGCUGUUCUCUCUCUCUCUCCUCAGGCGACGUGCUACCUGAAGCAGGGCAAGUUCAAAGACGCCGAGUCUCUGUACAAAGAGAUCCUGACCAGAGCGCACGAGAAGGAGUUUGGCUCUGUGAACAGUGAGUACAGCUGCUGCUUAACUCAACCGUCUAAAAACAAAGUCCUCCCCCUGGAGGCAGCAAUGUUUGUUUUUCUGGACCGGGGUUUGUCGCUCGGCCACACCCUAGACCCUGCAGCCAUUCUCGGUCCUCUCAGCAGGUCAGAGGAUUACUCUCAUGCUCUCGGGGUGUGUGUGUGUGUGGAGCAGCUUAAUGUCCACGUUCCCCUCCCGCUGGGGUUAAGCUCAUCAAACCCUCAUGUGUCACAUGUCCAGCACGAGGCGAAGCGACGGCAGGAAUUUGGCGCCGCAUAAUGUGAUGAAAUCCAACAUGGGGGGGGGUUUAGAAACCAAAAUCCCAAGCAGACUUUUUUUGUUUGUUUGCAGAUGACAACAAGCCAAUCUGGAUGCACGCAGAGGAGCGAGAGGAAAGCAAGGUCAGCCUAAACAGACAAAUGACAGAGAGCAGCAGACUGAACAAACACCAUCAGGGACAUUUUCAACAUAUUUGCUCUCUUCUCAUUUUCUCAUUGUUGCCCUCAGGGGAACCGCAAAGACUCCGGCCCUUAUGUGGAGUACGGGAGCUGGUACAAGGCCUGUAAGGUGGACAGGUGAGAGACACGUUUGACUGAAUCAGUAAAGUGAAAAUGUCCUGAAAAGUGAUUAUCUUCUAAAGUCAAAACCUCCUUUUCGUCCUGCAGCCCCACAGUGAACACCACCCUGAAGAGUCUGGGAGCUCUGUACCGCCGUCAGGGCAAACUGGAGGCCGCAGAGACUCUGGAGGAGUGCGCCAGCAAGACACGCAAACAGGUAACACACUCACGCACACACGCAUUCACACACUCACGCACUGGUGAAUUGCUGCAGUCAGAUUAGUUGUCUGCACUCUUAGGUCAGUUACGGAUUCUGGUUGGUUCUGUGUCUCACUCCCGCUGUGAUUUAAAGGCCUCACGCCAAACUGAUUUAGGAUCAGUGGUGAAGGUGAUGUGUGUAAAGAUCACUCUCUGUGUGUGAACGCUUUUUAAAGAGUUUAAAUUUACUCUCCGCUGACUUUAAUCGCCCUCCUCUACUCUCUCUUUACUUAUUCUCUCUCUCUUUUUCAGGGUAUUGAUGCCAUUAACCAGAGUAAGGUGGUGGAGCUGCUGAAGGACGGGGGAGCUGGAGGGGGCGACAGACGGCACAGCAGAGAGGGGAUCAACGGGCCGGGGGGACAGAGGGGGGAGAACGAGGGGGACGACUCUGCAGAGUGGAACGGGGUCAGUUUAUGGACACCAAAGUGCUAUAGUCUAUAGGAAUCAGACCUUAAAAUCAGCCCACUUAUCUGUACCGUGUGCCCUGAUUAAGUUUACAUGUUUUGUUUCUCCUUCCAGGACGGUAACGGGUCUCUGCGCCGCAGCGGCUCCUUCGGGAAGAUCCGUGACGCUCUGAGGAGGAGCAGUGAGAUGCUGGUGAAGAAGCUGCAGGGCAGUGGACCACAAGAACCCCGCAACCCCGGGUAAGAGGACAGUGAUGAUACGGCUGUCAGUCAAGAGUGGGGGUUCUAGGUUUUUAAUGUAUACUGGUAAACUAAAAUUAUAGUACAGUAACACACUUGAAAAGGUAAAAACAAGAGUUCAGAUAAAACUUUAUAAGUAUUUUAAAAUGUAGAGGGCAUGAAGUCAACCUUUCAUGUUCGUUGCUUCCUUGAUAAUUGAGUUUUAUCACAAUUAAUCAUGAUUAAUUAAAUAUCAUAAUUUACCUUAAUCGAUCAUGAUAAAUCAUUAUUACUAUUAAUCAUGAUCGCGAUUAAUCAUGAUAAAUCAUUAUUAACUGCAAUAAAUUGUGAUAACUCAUGAUAUAUCACGAUUAAUUUUGGUUAAUUGUGAUAAAAUCAUAAUUAACUAUGAUAAAUAAUUAUAAAACAGGAUUAAUUUGCUCAAUUAUAAUAAAUUAUGAUUUAUUGUGAUUAAGAAGGAUAACUAUGAAUCGCAAUUACUCAUGAUAAAUCAUGAUAAAUUGUGACAACUCAUAUGUUGUGAUUAAUCAUGAUUAAUCGUGAUAAUUCACGAUAAAUUGUGAUAAUGAUAUAUUGCGAUUUAUUCUGAUAAAUCAUGAUAAAUUAUGAUUAAUUGUCAUAACUAAUGAUAAACUGCGAUUAACUUUGAUUAAUUGCUAUAAUUCAUUAUAAUUUUUGAUAACUCAUGAUGUAUUGCAAUCAAUCAUGAUUAAUUGUGAUUAAUUGUGAUAAAUUGUGUUAACUCAUGAUAUAUCGCGAUUUAUCAUGAUUAAUCGCUAUAAAUCAUGAUUAAAAAAAUAUAUAAUUACUUUUUUUUUCUGAUUGUGUUUGUUUUCCAUAGAAUGAAGAGAGCGAGCUCCCUGAACUUCCUCAAUAAAAGCACUGAGGAGACCACACAGGUACUGAUGUUUAUCUGUCACAUGACGUUGGUCUGUCGUUGCACACCGACACUUUUUAACCUGUACUGGUCUUACUUUUAGGACGCCAACUCCGGAUUCUCAGACUGCCGGGGGCUGAGCGCCAGCAACGUGGACCUAUCCAGACGCAGCUCCCUGAUCGGCUAGACGGACGGGUAGGGGAGGCGUGACUCGGUGGGACAAAGAUGGAGGACAGGCUGUUUGCAACUUAGUUUGAUCAAACCAACACACCUAAAAGCUCGAAGUGAGAUCGAACACGUUCAUCACCUGCAGCUCAUUUUUUCAAGAACACUCAAACUAAAAGUUCCGAUCACUUAACACCAUCCUGAAGACGAUAGGUUUGCUGCUGCUGCUUCUUCUCCGCUGUACAAAGCGCCUCCCUCCAUCACAAUAGAAACUAUUUAGGUACACAUUAAUCAGCAUGCUGCUAACUAGAAAGAGGAAUGUCUGCACCUGAACGCCUCGUGAAUCUUGACUCCUAGCACAGUAGCAUCGUGUCCACGUCUCGACGAGUCCGUCUCUUAGAUCCUCUCUCACUCGUGCAGACACUCAAACUCGGUUUCAGCUUUCAGAGGAGCGUCUCACGCUGUAUAUUCCACCUGUAGCAUGAAGUAAUAGCUUAUGCUAACCACAUAUUGAGUCCAUAUCAUAGCCGGUUGAUUAACAGUAUCCGAGUUUAAAACCAGAACAUACGCUCACAGUCUUUGGGGGUUAAAACAGAUGUUAGCACUAACCAUUUAAACCUCACUUUUUGCCUUCUUGUUUUUAUGUAUAUACAGUUUUAAAUUAUUUCAUAUCUUCAUUCUUGUAUAUAGCGCACAUGUGUUUUUCUUUGUCUUUCUCUUUGGUUUACACUUAUCCGGGUAAUAGAAGGAGAAAGGAAAUGAAGGAAUGAGGAAAGGAAGGAAAGGAAACGUUGAAAAGAUCCGAACUGCUGAAAAGUUUAGUACCUCAGUCGUUAAAAUCCCUCAAUCUGAGUGUUAGAGCACUUUGUGUUAGCUUUUAACGUGCAGUCUACUGGCGAAUAUUUAAAUUAGAAAGAAUAUCAAACAAUGAAAAAGCCUCGUAAUCAUAAAAACGACCUUUUCCAAAUCGAAGGAAGUAAAACAAACACUUUUAUCAUCAGUUUCAGGUACUUUUUUUCCCACUUUUGCAAUGAAAAAUGUGCGAUUUCAGGAUUUUGCCGGGCAGUAAAAAUCCUGAGUGUAAUGAAGAAAAAUGCUGUGAAAGACGUAUUUAAAUAUGAUUUGUUUACAAUCGUUAAAACAGGAUAUUUCAGGCGUAAUCAAUCCUGUUUGUGAGAUAUCAAUAACUACCUUUAUCAUUCCUCUGUUUUAUCAUGUGUAUCACUGCGUAUUCAUCGGUCUAAAUCAAACAAUCCCAGAUAUCCGACUGAUGAUUUCGUCCUCUGUGAAUGUGAGUCUACUGAUGCUUUUAUUUUGAAGGGGAACUGCACGAUGAUCAUUUGAAUGUCGAUUUUUUUCUGUUUGUUUAAACUGGAUUUAUUUUUGUGUUGUUUUGUUUGCGAAUCAGGAGCUCAACUCCACCAAAACGAGACCAAUACAAAGAGGAGCGUCCGCAGAAUGUACACGUUACGUGCGAAAUCAGACCGAGCGAGAAAUACCGAAGAGUACUUACCUUUCUUUGCUUUCUUUGUGAGAUGUUAGAAAAACACAAGAAAGCCAGAGGAAAGGACGUACUCGGUUUGGUUUUAAAAACGGUUCGACAGAAGGGUGUUUUUAGAAGGCGAUGGUGCGUCCACACCAACCGCCACGAUGCCAAAAUCAUCUGUCGCCGCCGUUCUUAAAACCAACCGUUUCUACCCGAGUCUGAAAAAGUGCUAAUUCUUCUAUCAGCGUCUGAAUGUGCGAGAUGGUGAAGCGGUUUGAGACGGUGAAACGGUUACGGCGUGAAAGUUUCGAGGAAGUGAUCCAGAAAAGAAAAGAGUAGGGACGAUGUUUGCUGAAGGAAAUGUGCUUUAAGUGUCGUUUGCAGCAAAUAAUGUACAGAAUUAUACAACCUUUAUAUACGUCUGUGUAAACUGUGAGUCACUACAUGUAUAAGAGAGGCGGGAGAAUCUUUAGUUGUACACAAUCUUAAAACCAAUGUAGUGAAAAUGUAAGAAAAUCUCUCUUUUCCGAUUUUGAUUGUUGGAUCGUGAACACAACACGAUGUUGGUCAACCCUGAGUGAGUUUCUGCAAUUUCUCAAGCGGUAUGAACCACAAACUCCAUGAAUAUUUUCAAAAUAAAACAGCUAAGAGUAAAUUUAUGUGUUUUUCCUGCUAGGUUUUAGUCAAGAGAAACACUGAAAUAUUCAUGGAAAUCAAGAACGAUGGAGGUUUUGUAAGUUUGUGUGUGCGUAAUCAUCUAUUGCUGAUGAUCAGAUGGGUUUUAUUGUGAAAGGGCCACCAUGAUGGGAAAUUUGUGGACGAUUCAGUCAAAAUAAACACCACUUUUCAACCUGAUCCCGUGUCUCCUUCAUUUUCAUUUUCAGGAUCGCUCAAUUCAACAUUUUCCUGGAUCUUUGUGACGACUUUAGAGUACUGUGUGUAUUUGUGUGCGUGUGUAAUCAUCUACAGCUGAUGAUCAGAUGGGUUUUAUUGUGAAAGGGCCACCAUGAUGGGAAUUUUGUGGACGAUUCAGUCAAAAUAAACACCACUUUUCAACCUGA